AUGAAAGAUUUAGAGAGAAACGGGAAGCAGCGAUUCAUUUAGCCGAUUUAGAAACGAAACUAUCCAGCGAUGACGUCAGACGAAAUAUUAAAAGGCGCUUCAAUCAGAGCAUUGUUGUACGUAGCACAGGCUAAGCGAGCAGACGAUGUCAAACUGCCCCAACCGGAAACAGUCUCGACACCAGGCAGAUUUUUUCUUCCUCUCUCGGUACUUCACUCGCGCCACUAACACCACCUAGCGGACGGGCACGGAGGUGUGUGGGGGCGAAACUGUAUCAGACAAUAACAAACAGCCCAUGUGUUUGCAAUGCCGGUGAGCUGUGACAGGUAAGUACGUGUUGCUGCUCGACUGGAAUUAAGCAGAAAGCCACUACCACCUCUCCACUCCGCGUCGGAUUUACAACCCCAAAAUUGGUGUUUGUGUGUGUGACAGUGACAAGUAGAGAAUCGUCCAACCCUUCUCGGGGUACAAGUCGUUGUUUCAUACAUGUUCGUCAUGGAACGUACACAUAUGCGUACCAAGCCUAAGGCAUUGCCUGCACCACCGGCUAGACGCAUUACCAUGUCUGAUUCUGCAUCCGAUGCCCGAGCAAAGACUAUUUUGAAAGAAGCUGUCGAUGCUGUCGUCAACAGUUUUGCCAAGCAUACGCACGGAUACGGUCGAGUGAAUGUGGUGGAAGCCCUUCAAGAGUUCUGGCAAAUGAAGCAAGCAAGAGGAGCGGAUCUCAAAAAUGGUGCCCUUGUUAUUUACGAAUCAGUUCCUUCGUCCAGUCCUCCUUACAUCUGUUAUGUAACGUUACCCGGUGGUAGCUGUUUUGGAAGUUUUCAGAACUGUCCAACUAAAGCUGAAGCUAGGAGGAGUGCUGCAAAAAUAGCGUUGAUGAACUCUGUUUUCAAUGAACAUCCUUCAAGAAGAAUUUCUGAAGAUUUUAUAGAAAAAGCUGUUGCAGAAGCAAAAGCAUCUUUCAAAGGAAAUCCCGAGGAUGCUGACCAAACUAAUAGCGGAAUAGAAGCCUUUCGAUUCAUGUUAGAAGCCAAUAAAGGAAGAACAAUGUUGGAAUUUCAAGAAUUAAUGACUGUUUUCCAGCUUUUACACUGGAACGGUAGUUUGAAAGCAAUGAGAGAGCGACAAUGUUCCAGACAAGAAGUGGUAGCACAUUAUUCUCAUCGCACACUGGACGACGACAUGAGAUCUCAAAUGGCUCUCGAUUGGAUAGCACGAGAACAAGAAACACCAGGAAUUAUAGCUAGAGAAUUAGCAAAUGCAGAAAGGGAAUUAGAAACUGCCCGUUUAGCAGGCAGAGAAUUAAGGUUUCCCAAAGAAAAAAGAGAUAUCUUAAUACUGGGAUGUAGCCAAGUUAAUAGUGUCAAUGGACUAACUUAAAUUAUUAGUCCCUCUUUAAGUUUUUCUGUAUAUAUUGUAAAUAAUUUGAUGUACUGUUACGUCUAGAAUGCUUAUUAUUAUUUUUUUUAUUUUGCUUCAUUUCUAUGGUUUUAUCGCAUCAAAUUCGUUGUAAAUGUAAGAAGUAACCUUCUACAAAUCUGUGAUUUAUAAGCGCGAAAUAUUAAAAAAAAACAUGCGUGAUAUCUUCUAAUAGAUUAUGGUAUUGUUUUAUAAAGGCUUAUAAUUGCGUAACAUUUAGAAAAAAAAUUUAAAAAAUAAAGAAUUUAAUCGUAUCAAAAAUUUAGUCUCUUGUCGCCAUUUUAAAUUAAAUAGUGUGCAAUCAAAUGGCGGUUUACGUGGCUGACUAUCAUCACUGCCUUAUGCUCGAUUCCUAGGGUUUGUUACUUUUGUACAGCUUUUGUGUAUUGAGUUAUAUAAUUAUCCAUUUUUAACAGUUGAAGGAUAGGAGAAUGUGAAAUAGAGCAGAUCUCAUUUUAUUUUAUUUUGCUCCUUAUUCGCCUCCUUCAAUAGCAACAGGCUGUUAAAAAUACUAGAGCCUCCAUGGAAAAUGUUUCCAUAAUUUGGCUCUGGUGUAGAUUAUUAUAUAUAUAUAUAUGUUUAAUUUAAUUAUGAAAGUUUAAGGUAGUGGUAAACUGUAUAUAGAGGUAUUUUUUAUAUAAUUGUUCUUGUGAUUUUAAAUACGUACUGUACAUUUGUGAUUUUGUGGUUUGAAUUUAUAAUUAUGUAUGAAUGUACGAUGUUAAUUAUAUCAAAAAAUAUUAUUUUUUCACCCUAAAAAAAUAAAUAUUUGUACGAAAUAUUGUGAUAAAAGAAUGAAACAACUUCCAUGAUGAACAAAACAUUAUAUAUAUAUAAAUAUUAUUUUUUUUUAAUUCGGCAAUAUAUAUAUAUAUAAUUUUUAUAAGCUUUACAGAAUAAUUUGUGAUGUUAAAUCAAAGUCUUUUUUUACAUUUUUUUUGUCGGUUAUAUUAUUAUUUUUUGUGAUUGUAUUCACGUUUCUGUGAUUGCAGUUGGAGUCAUUGUGUUCAGUUGAUGUUUUAUUUCAAAGAAAAAAAAACAACGCUUAGGAAAGAAUUUGCUAUUUUAUUUUGUAAUUUCUUCUUUAAUAAAAAU